AUGAUCCCCAUUGAUGGAGAGAAUCAGAAAAAGCGCGUCUGCUACUUUUUCGAUUCUGAUAUCGGUGGAUUCCAUUAUGGACCUGGGCAUCCGAUGAAGCCUACUCGCAUACGCAUGUGUCAUUCCUUGGUAAUGAACUAUGGUCUCUACAAGAAAAUGGAAAUAUUCCGCGCCAAACCUGCCACGAAACGUGAAAUGACCCAGUUUCAUUCGGACGAGUAUGUUGACUUUCUAAGUCGAAUCAAUCCCAGCAACAUGAACUCUUUUAUAAAGGAGCAACACAAAUACAACGUUGGCGACGACUGCCCCGUUUUUGAUGGUUUGUUCGACUACUGCUCAAUUUCAGCUGGAGGAUCUAUGGAGGGAGCAGCCAGACUAAGUCGCGAUAAGUGUGACAUUGCAGUCAAUUGGGCUGGUGGUCUGCAUCAUGCAAAGAAGAGUGAAGCGAGCGGAUUCUGUUAUGUUAACGAUAUUGUUCUCGGCAUUCUUGAGCUCCUACGAUAUCAUAGCCGAGUGUUGUAUAUUGAUAUUGACGUGCAUCACGGUGAUGGCGUCGAGGAGGCUUUUUAUACAACAGAUAGAGUCAUGACUGUCAGUUUCCACAAGUAUGGGGAGUACUUUCCAGGAACAGGGGAGCUGCGCGAUGUCGGCGUCAUGAAAGGUAAAUAUUACGCAUUGAAUUUCCCUCUACGAGACGGCAUUACGGAUGAAAACUACAAAUCUGUCUUUGAGCCGGUGAUACGACAAGUCAUGGAAACAUACGAUCCUUCUGCAAUUGUUUUGCAAUGCGGAACCGAUUCACUCUCUGGUGACAAGCUGGGAUGCCUAAAUCUUUCGAUGCGAGGCCACGCCAAUUGCGUCAAGUUUGUGAAAUCCUUCAACAAACCUUUGCUUCUUCUUGGCGGAGGCGGUUACACCAUGCGAAAUGUCAGCCGUGCAUGGGCGUACGAGACUGGAUUGGCUGCCGGGGUGGAGCUUGGCCCAGAUAUCCCCGUGAAUGAGUACUACGAGUACUUCGGUCCCGACUAUGAGCUCGAUGUGAAAUCAUCCAACACAGACGAUAUGAAUACGCCUGCAUAUUUGGAUCGCGUGAAACGAAUAGUGCUGGAAAAUUUGAGGCAUGUUGGUGGUCCUCCUAGCGUCCAGAUGUCAGAUAUUCCAUCCAUGCCUAUUGAUGAGGCUCUAGAUGAUCCAAACCAAGACGAAGACCUGAUGAACCCUAACGAUCGUCGACCUAUGCGUCUUCUCGACUCACGCCGACAGGCUGAUGGGGAACUUUCUGACUCUGACGAUGAAGGCGAAGGAGGGCGGAGAAACCACGGUAGCCAUCGAGAUCCGGACAGUAAUGGCGAAGAAAGUGGUGGUAAUCACAAAUUCGGAAUGGGAGUUGGUAUCCUUGCCUCUGGCUCGACAACGACACACGGGGCUGGGCCUAGCGGCCACCAUACUGCUGUGCGGCUAAUCUCAGCUUCUAACGUCGGCGCCGCGUCUUCUAUGGAUGUCGAUACCCCUUCGACCGAGAGUGUGACAGAACCGCCUGCCACUGCUUCUGUGGCGGAUUCCACCACCGCUCAAGUCGAACUCCCCAAAUCUAUGGUAGAAACAGAUGAGAUGGCUGUAGAUGUGCCUUCGUCUUCCGCUUCCUAAUGACUUUUUGGGUUUUAAAGUACCAUGUAGUAACUAUAUCAAAUAGCGCACGUG